AUGCGCAAUCCUCCUGCAGUAAGAGCUUCAUCGCUCCAGGGGGAAGAUGUUCCUCAUGAGAUCUAUGGCUUCCGACCUUAUCUCCUCGCCAUGUCUGCAUCAUGGGCCUCUGCAAUAUAUGGAUACGACAGCGCUUUCAUUGGCGGAACCCUCAGUCUCCCCUCCUUCCAGCGAACGUAUGGCCUUGACACAGCAAGCGAUUCUGCGAAAGCAAAUCUGUCAUCCAAUAUCGUUUCUACCUUCCAAGGUGGUGCUUUUUUCAGAUGUGCGUCAAGCUUUCUUGUCGCUGAACGCUUCGGACGUCGACCGACUCUGAUCCUUGCUGCCAUCAUAUUCUCCAUCGGCGCUGCGCUUCAGAUGAUCGGUCGAGCUCUAACGGGCUGGGGUGUCGGUUCCAGUGCCAUGAUCCUCCCCAUCUAUGUCUCUGAAUGCUCACUGGCCUUGAUCCGUGGAAGACUCGUCCGAACGUUCGAAGUCAUGCUUCAAGCUGCACUGGUCUGUGGGUUCUGGGUCAACUAUGGUGUUAACAAGAACAUCAGCCCAGAAGGUAGCAUGCAAUGGCACAUUCCUGUUGCCAUUCAAUUCGUGCCCGCUGGGCUAUUGGUGAUCUUUAUGAUACCCAUGAUUGAGUCACCUCGAUGGUUGGUCUCCAAGGGCAAGCUUCAGGAUGCCAGGAAGAAUUUAAGUUGGGUUCGCAGUCUUCCCCAAGAUCAUGCGUAUAUCGACAGAGAGAUGUCAAUGAUUGAGGUGGCCAUUGAACAUGAGGUGUCAUCAACAGGGCAAAGGGAAAACUGGCGGCAGAUCUUCUCAGAACUGUUCCAACCUGGUGUUCGUGGUAGGAUGGUCUUGUCUUGUGGACUUGUCUCUUUCCAAAACUUCACAGGUAUCAACGCCAUCAAUUAUUACUGUCCAACAAUCUUCCGGUCAAUCGGCUUCACCGGAACAUCUGUCGGCCUUUUGGCCACAGGAAUAUUUGGAAUUGUUAAAAUGGCUGCCACCAUGCUCUACGCCGCCUUCCUGGUCGAUAAGCUAGGACGGAGACCCCUGCUGCUUAUCGGUGCAGUUGGGUCUAGCAUUGCAAUGUUUUACCUUGCCGGUUAUUCUAAGAUUUCCGGCUCUUUCGAACACAUCCCACCCAGGGAUGCUGGGGCAAAGACUGCUGUCGCGAUGGUGUAUAUCUAUGCCCUGUUCUAUGGUAUGAGUUGGAAUGGAAUUCCCUGGCUGUUUACGUCCGAAAUCAUCCCAAAUCUAGUUCGCACGCUUGGUAUGUCGUUUUGUAUCUGUAUCCAGUGGGUGACGCAGUUCAUCGUUGUCUACAGCUUACCUCACAUGGUUAUAGGAAUUACCUACGGAACUUUUCUCUUCUUUGGUACAUGUACUGUUUUCGCAAUUGUCUUUGCAUGGCUGUUCAUCCCAGAGACGAAGGGCGUUCAGCUGGAGGACAUGGAUCUGCUCUUCGGACCUGAUGUGCCCAUCUUGGCGUCUCAGGCGAGGGACAACUAUGUCCAAGGGAUUGCUGCUCGGGCCUUGGAUGAGCGUGAAGAUUCAAAGAUGAAGGCAGCCGAGAUUGAACACGUUUGAUCAUGGGGGUCAGAAUAUCAAUUAUUAUGGCUUCACAGCGAAGGCACUAUCUAAC